AUGAACUUUGCGCAAGCGAUCCAGGAGCGCGCCGCCGCGGCGACUGCGGCUGCGGCUGAGGCCGCCAGCGUCGCCGCCGUGCAGGCCGCGGCGCUGACCGAGAAGGUGUCCGAGUGGGACAUGGGCUUUGACGAGAAGGCGGCGACCAGCACUAUCGCCGCCGCCGCCCCUGCCUCGCAGCGCAAGAAGCCCGCGCGGGCCGGCGCCUUCUCGAUCGGUGGCGACGAGCGGCAGAGCAAUCGAGGAGCUCCGAACGCGCCUCCGCCUGAGAAUGGCGCACGGAAGCCGCCGCCGCCCCACCGGACGCCGGCGCCGGCGCCGCAGCCGCAGCCGACACAGGAGCGAGCUGGAGCGGCGGCGGGCGGCGCCACCACGGCCGGAGCGGCACAGCCGGCCCAGUCGGCCGCCGCUUCGGCGGAGGCGGCUCGGGCGGGCCUGCGGGCGGCGGCUCUGCAGGAGGAGCUCAACGCGACCAAGCUGCGCGCGCUGCGGAAGAUCAAGAAGCAGGAGGAGGAGAUGGAGCAGCUGCGGCUCGCCGCCGCAGCCGCCCGCUCCGAGCGGGCCGCCCUCCACGCCCAGCUCACCCAAGCGCAGCUCGCUGCCUCCGCCGCCGCCGCCGCCGCCGCCGCUGCGCCGCCGCCGCCGCCGGGACCGCAGCAGCCUCCCGCCACGCCAGCUGGCGCGACGGCGGGCGCGGCGGCGGGGACGCCCGCGACGCGGGGCGGCCUCGUGAACUCGAGUCGCGUGCGGCAGGCGACGCCGACUGGCGAGGCCGCGGUCGACGAGGCGCGCUCUGAGCAGCGGCUCGCCCUCGCCGAGGCUCGCUCGCAGGCGCAGGCUCUGGAGCAGCUCAAGGAGGAGAGGGCGCGGGUGCAGCAGCAGCAGCGGCAGCAGCAGCGGCAGGGGCAGGGGCAGGGGCAACAGCAGCGGCAGGGGCAGUUGUCGCAGAAAGGGAAUGGAGUCGCCGCCGCCCGGCCCUCCUCCUCCUCCUUCCCCUCCUCCUCCUCCUCUGCUCCCGCCGCCGCCGCCGCCACGUCCGCCAACGCCGCCGCCAUGUCCACCAUAUCCGCCUCCGCCGCCGGCGCUGUGGAGGGAGAGCGCACGGCGCCUGCCGCGUCUGCUCACGUCGAGGUGUCGGCCGACGUCGUGCCAAAGGCGGAGGCGGAGGCGGCGAGGGCGGAGGCGGAGGCGGCGAGGGCGGAGGCGGAGGCGGCGGCGACGCGCGAGGCGGCGGCGGCGGCGGAGGCCAAGCGAGCGCAGGCGGCGGCGGCCGAGACCAAGUCAAAGGCGCGCAAGCUCCUCGAGCAGAAGGAGAAGGAGACCGGCUCGCUGCAGGCGCAGCUGCAGGCCCUGCGCGCGGCGGCGGCAGCGAGCAAGGCGCAGGCGGCAGCCUCUGACAGUGCCUCCUCGCCGUCCGCCGCGCCCUCCGCUGCGCACGGCGCCUACAGCGCGGCCCUGGCGCCGCACGGGGCCAGAGCUGCUGCGGACCGAGCGGCGAGCCCGCCAGGGGUGGACGGCGGUGCGGACGCGGCGCCGUCGCUGCUUGACGGCGUCGACGAGCGCAUCGCGCGCGAUCUGCAGCGGCACGCCGCACUGCAGGCGCGCCUCGAGAUGUGGGGAGAUGACCCGUUCCUCAAGAAUACGCUGCUCAAGUUCCUGGAGGUUGGAGAGGCGGACGACGGCCACCUGCUGCAGGAGAUGCGCCGCCUCGAGAGAGCGCGCAACCAGCGCGGCGGCGGCGGCGGCGGCAUGCUCAACGGGCUGCUGCCGCCCUCGCUCUUCACUCCGCGCCGCACGCCAAUGCCGCCGCCGCCGCCGGCGACGGCAGCGACGAGGCAGCUCGCGGACGCGCGCCGGAAGCUGUCGGCGGCGGAGGCGCGGCUCGAGGUCGCGGAGCGGGAGCUGCGCGGCGGGGGCGGCGCGGGCGGCGAGACGUCCCUCGCCUACCUGCGUUCCGUCAUCAUCAAGUACAUCGAGGAGGAGGACGGGACCGCCUCCGCCGACUCGCUCUUCCAGGUGCUGGCCACUUUCCUCCGCAUCGACCCGCCCACGGUCGUGCGGCUGCAGGCGGCGCGCAGCCGCAAGGCGACGUCGCAGCAGGGCCUAUGGGGCACGCUGCGGGCGGCCGCCACGCCCGGGCGCUAG